GUGCAUAAGCAUGGAGGGGCGCGAGAGCUCCCGGGGCGAGCCCCGCGCCUGGCCCGCCGGGUCCGUGCUGUGCCGCGGCUGCGUGGAGCCGCUCAUCUUCCUUGCCAACUUCGCCUUGGUCCUGCAGGGCCCGGUCACCACGCAGUACCUGUGGCACCGCUUCAGUGCCGACCUUGGCUACAACGGCACUCGUGACAGGGGCAGCUGCAGCAACCAUAGCGUGGACCCCACUGCGCAGGAAGUGGAGACGCUUACCUCCCACUGGACCCUCUACAUGAACAUGGGCGGCUUCCUGGUGGGACUCUUCUCGUGCACGCUGCUGGGCGCCUGGAGUGACUGUGUGGGCCGCCGCCCGCUGCUGGUGCUGGCCUCCCUCGGCCUUCUGCUCCAGACCGUGCUGUCCAUCCUUGUGGUACAGCUGCAGCUCCACGUUGGCUACUUCGUGCUGGGCCGCAUCCUUUGUGCCCUCCUUGGCGAUUUCGGUGGCCUCCUGGCUGCUGGCUUUGCCUCCGUGGCAGAUGUCAGCUCCAGCCGCACCCGUACCAUCCGAAUGGCCCUGCUGGAAGCGUGCAUCGGGGUAGCAGGGAUGCUGGCGAGUCUCAUUGGUGGCAACUGGCUCCAGAAGCAGGGUUAUGCCAACCCCUUCUGGCUGGCCUUGGCCUUGCUGAUUGCCAUGACUCUCUAUGCAGCAUUCUGCUUUGGUGAGACAGUGAAAGAGCCGACACGUGCCCGGCUCUUCACACUCCGUCACCACCGAUCCAUCGUCCAGCUCUAUGUGACCCAGGCCCCGGAGAAGUCCAGGAAGCACUUAGCCCUGUACUCGUUGGCCAUCUUCGUGGUGAUCACUGUGCACUUUGGGGCCCAGGACAUUCUGACCCUCUAUGAGCUGAGCACACCCCUCUGCUGGGACUCUAGGCUGAUUGGCUACGGUUCUGCGGCUCAGCACCUCCCAUACCUCACCAGCCUGCUGGGCCUGAGGCUUCUGCAGUACUGCCUGGCCGACACCUGGGUGGCUGAGAUCGGUCUGGCCUUCAACAUCAUGGGGAUGGUGGUCUUUGCAUUUGCUACCAUUACACCCCUCAUGUUCACAGGGUACGGGCUCCUCUUCCUAUCGUUGGUCGUCACGCCUAUCAUCCGGGCCAAGCUCUCCAGGCUGGUGAGAGAGUCAGAGCAGGGCGCUCUCUUUUCUGCUGUGGCCUGUGUGAAUGGCUUGGCCAUGCUGACAGCCUCCGGCAUCUUCAACUCGCUCUACCCAGCCACCCUGAACUUCAUGAAGGGCUUCCCUUUCCUCCUGGGAGCUGGCCUCCUCUUCAUCCCGGCCGUCCUGAUUGGGAUACUGGAAAGGGCUAAUCAUUGCCCUGAAUUCCAGCAGUUUUCCCAGAGCCCCUGAUGUGCCUGGACCAGAGGACGGGGGGCGAGAGGAGCAACGUGAGCACUAACCAACUGGAAGUAGAUGCCUCUGGAUCCCAGCCCUCAGCAGCAGCGGCAGCUCCCCUCAAAGGGCGGUAUUCACCUCGGACCAGGUGGUCAAGCUAGACCAAGGCCCCCACCUCAUCCACGCCGUGCCUGCCUGUGAUUCUAGGAUCUGGAAUUGUAACCCAAACAGUCCCACUCAGGGCAGGCGGUGUGGGAGCCAUUUGGAACAGGGAUCUGUUUACCCUUUAGUCCAUCAAUCACAUAGAACCCUCCAGGGGAGAGGAGAGGUCCUGAUGGAGGGACCAGCUGAAGCACGAGGGCUAUAGCACCUCUGCUUCCAACCCAAACUGUGCAGCUCACGGUGCUCAGUUCACGGCCAAGCAGCUACCGGUCACUCCUUAGUGAUGAAUACGGUACCACUGGUCAGUGCCAGCUUUGGGGGGAGGGAGGGUUGUGGGAGGGACUUGGUGCCACCUGGAGGGAGAGUGCUGCUAUCUCUGCGUGGGAAUCAAUCCCCUGGGCUUAGCAGUGCCAAUCAUAAGAAGAAGUCAGUAUAAUCACCCUGGAAUGAACCUUCCGGACCCCAAGGCAUUGGGCUGUGGGGCCUUCUGUUUUCCUGUUCCUAGUUUGCCCACCGUAGGUCAGACAGCAGUGGCUGCUGGAAGGGACAGGGGCCCCUGAGUUGCCAUGGGAUUGGUACUGGGCGUGGCCACCUCAGUCCUCAUCUGACUGCCCAUUCUCUUCUCCGGAGCUGCUGGGAGGCGAAGGGCUGCCACGCUUGCAUCAGGUCAGCAGAGAAGCUCCGGGCAGAGCCCUGGCCGCUCAUUCCUCAGGGUCAGAGAUCUACUCCCUGAAGACACCUUGCCCUGGUCUUCCUGGCUACACCAAACCAAGCAGAAUCAGUUUUUGUUACCACUCAGCCCUCUAACACCUCCCAUUGCUGGGCAUUUCAGCAGGGCCAUGUGCUGACACCAUCCCUCGAGCAUCUGUAGCUCAACAGGAACCUGGAGAUGGGCCCGACUCCCCAGAGAAUGAGGGGCCCAUUUCCAGGGCGUUAGGAAAGCCUGGACCUGAAGUUGAAAGGCAGAUUGGGAUUUGGUAUUAAGGCACUGGCUUUGAUGAGGGCCAUAAGCCCCCAAACAAAUCAGAUGACACUUGACUCUUCAAAACAGAAUUGGCCACAGGGCAUGGCCCCCUGCUGGUAUUUCUACCCUCAUUCUCUCUCACCUGCUCUGCUAGCCAGUUUUCUGGCUAGAAAUCACGCAGGUAAAAUGGGGGUGGCCCAGGGCAAACUAGGGUCAGCUGUGGCCCUCUGUAGCCUGGGCCUGUUUGCAGAUUCCCAUCUCACUGUCCCGUCAUUGGGAGAUCAAGCAAGGAGAGGCCCCCUCCACUGACUGUCCCAGCAGUGAGGAUGGUAGGAAAAAGGCUCUGGGCUGGCCUCAGGCCCAGGCUCUACUCCGGGCAUUGCCUCUGGCUCGUGUGUGGCCUUGAGCAAGGCCCUCUAUAAAGGGUUAGAUCAGCAAUGCCUCUAAUUGUCUGAUCAUGGUUGGACAAGUUAGGAGACACUAGAUUAAAUACUGUUUUAAGAUCCUUCCUAUCUCAUAUAUUCUAGAAUGGAAUGCCUCUAUUCACGGACCUAGGGGAAGGAUAAAUGAGUUGGAGCUGGACUUUUGACUUUUGAGUGUUUCUUGGUCAUGAGCAAUUCUUGGUCUUGGAGAGGGGUGGGGUGAGGCUGACUCAGCCCCGACCUGGGAGCCGCAGCUACAGCCCAGCCAAGCAGAAAACCCUGACCCCGCAGACCAGGCUGCAAUGUCAGAGCAGGCUGGGGGGCGGGUGGUGAAAGGCUGUUUCUCAGCCCUCUGUCUCAGGACCGGCCCUGUGAGACCAGGCCUAGGUGGAAGGUGCGGGCCAGGGUGCCUGCCCUGGCUGCGAUCUGGGCAGUGUUUGUUACGGCAGGGGAGGCUGGCCCCUGAACACACUGGCCUGGCCAGGGGAGGGUCGUCACUUCAGCUGCUCCGGUGGGGCCCGGGGGCUGGGCUGUGAUUCCCCAGAGAGACAGGAGGCAGGCAGCAGUAGAGAGUGUGCCAAACAGAAAAAGAAACAGUGCUGGGCAACCUCUCUGAGUACUGCCCAUGAGGGACCUCAGGAGGGAGUGGGACUGAUUGGGGACAAAAAGACAGAAGGCUUCCCCUGGAGGAGACUCAUCACACUGUAUUGUUAUUGUCUCUGCUCUUGAGGGCAACAUCCAGUCUGCCUCAGUCUCCGUCGUAUCCAGGGCACCGGUGGGCAUUCGUGCGGCAAGAAGGAAAAGGGUCAAGUGCAGUCAGAGGACCGGCUAGAGGCAGUAUCUUUGGCAGGGAGGCGAGUGGAAGGAAGGAGUCCCAAGCCUGGAGCGAGACCUUUGACUUUCUGACGAUGUGGCUCAAGAGCUCCGAGGGGCCUGGCCAGGACCUGCAGGAGGUGGCUCUGGGAGCUGAGCCAGCCUUCAGGUGUGAAUCCACUGCCCUCAGGAGGGGAGGGGCAGGGCAGGUGCCCGCUGAGCUCAUUAGCUGGAGCCUGCGUUCAUUGGAAGGAGGAUGCUUUCUUGCUCUCCUACCCUGGUGGAGGAAGGGGCCAAGGGACACUCCUGCUCGGUUAUUUCUUUACCGCCCCUGAGUCAGCCUUCUGCUGUGAAAGCCUGUCCCCCCAAGGCUAGAUUCUUUGGGGCAAGAGGGAAGCCAGCCGUCUGUGGAGCAACAGCCCUGCCCAGGGUGCAGCCUCCAGGGUGAUUCUCAGUAGAGUCCCCCCCCAGCAGUGGACUGAGCGCCAGGAGGCCAGGUCUGCAUCCUGGGGCUGCCACUGGAGACUUGGGAAACUGGGCACGACAUUCAGUUCCUUCUCUGUAAGAUGGAGAUAAUACCAGGUAAGGCUGCUCUGAUGCUUAGAGACCAUGGAGUGAAGUGUCAGGGAAAUGGCAAACGUUUGUGAGGCAUUUGUGUUUCACAGUCUUGCUUCCUAAGGUAUCAUUCCUUGAUCACCAGCUUCAGACCACGUGGGAGUUUGCGAGAAAUGCAGGAACUCGGGCCCCACCCCAGGUGUCCUGAAUGGGAUUUUAACAAAAUUCCCAGGUGAUUCGAAUACACCCCUUGCCCUUCUUCAGGAUCUUGCCUCUUCCCGGGGAGCUACAGGUUCUGCCUAGGCUACUGCUGCUGCCGCAGGGGGGCUGCCUCGCCCCAGCUCCCCCUGAGCCAGUGCGGGGGGCAGCCUUGGACGGGUGAGGGGCUGAGGAAGGGAGCUGGGCCAUGCUGGGCAGAGGCCUGGCGCACAGCACCAAGGCUAGGUAGGGUGGCUAGCUGCUCUUUGAGAAGCAGCCUCCCCUGCUCAGGCUCAAGCAGGGGGCUCCCAUGCACCAGUGAGCGCAGGCCACGGCUGCAGACCAGCCAGAGUGAGGGCCGGCCCGGUCUCACCCUGGCCCCAGAUGUGGCAAAGGAGGCUGCACAUCAGGAAGGCUGGGAGUGGACCUGGCCAGCUAAGGGCACUGAAUGGUUACAGGGCAAGGCCACAGGAUGGCAGGAAGUGGUGAGCCCAGGGGCCAGGCGCAGUCUCAGUGGAGAGCCAUGGCUAGCCUCUCAUCCCUAGCUGGCUCCCGGGCCCAAGCCCUUGCUUGGUGGGGAGGCUUGGCCACUGCACUGAGCCCUGCCCGAGGCUGCCUGCCUUCACUCUACUCAAGCCGGCUGCUGGCAGGGCAGGAGAGGGGUUAGCAUGCAGCAAACCCUCAUUCUCCAGAAUCUCCAGAGCUGAGCAAUGACCCUCCCACGCCCGAGACAGGACCUGGGGGCAGGGCCUAGGGGAGGUCUUAGCACCCCCAAUGCCUGGCUUCCCUUCCCUUUCCAGAUACUGAGGAAGCUGGGUUUGAGGUGGACGGUGAGGGUCGGGGGAGGCAGAGAGCCAUUUCCUGAGAAGAGCCCAGGCUGUCUCAGCCCAGGGAAGCCAGUGUGAGGAGCUGUCCCAUUGGGGGGAUGGUGGAAAUGGGGGGUCACGGCAGGGCUUGGGAAUUAGGGACUGGUUAAGCGGGGCCCAGGGGUGCAGCACCCUCCAAACUGGUGUCAGAGCCCGCAGAUGAGUCCCGGGAGGAGCGGCCCUGCAGGAAGCGGAUGAUCUUCUCAAUGGUGGCCUCCUGGUACUCGUGGGACCACCUGUGGGUGCAGAGGCUGGUGGGUCAGAGGGCUGGGCAGAGGGAGCUGCUGGCUGGGGGCCUGUGUAACCCGCCCCGCCCCGCCCCCUCCUCACUUGAUGCCAUUGAAGGUGAGCACAGCCCGCAUGUCCUCGGGCAGGGCCUGGGGCUCUGGCCACUGGAAUCCAUCAAUGACGGGCACGAUGUUCUUGCCACAGUUCAGAGCAGUCACAAUCUCCUAGAGAAAGAAGAGGGGAAGAGGAGGACACGCGGGGCCCCAUCCAGGGAUCUCGGGGCCAGGCUGAGCCCAAGGGGGGAUGUUGGCCGUGAAGUCCACAUUGACUUCUCCCUCAUCCCCUGUGGUAUGAUAAAUCUACAUUUGCCCUUUGUUCCAGGUUCUCGGUACAGAGCUCCUAAAGCCCUCUCACAUGACCUGGGGGGUGGGGCUGUGCCGAAUAGCUUCAGGAUGGGGGCUGGUGGCCAGGAAGACUAAGCUGUGAUUAGAGGGUUGGACCUUUCAGCGCCCCCCUCACCUCCAGGGAGGGGAGAGGGGCUGGAGACUGAGUUCACUCACCAAUGACUUAAUCACGCCUACAUAAUGAGACCUCCAUAAAACCCCUAAGGACCGGUAGGUUGGUGAACACAUCUUGGUGUGGAGAGGGUGGCCCAGAGAGGGCAUGGAAGCCCUGCCCAUGCUCCCACCCCCCCUUACUUUGCCCUGUGCAUCUCUUCCAUUUGGAUGUUCCUGAGUUGUAUCUUUUAAAAUGAACUGGUAAUAGUUAAGUAAAGUGCUUUCCUGAA